AAAUUAUAUAUAAUCUUGCGAUUUUACGGUUUGGCUGCAAGUAAAGAACAUAGAAAAUACGAAGCCUCAAUAUCGGAGAUUCUCUGUCUCAGAUCAGAGGCAGAGAGAGUUAGAGAGAGGGAAGGGGCGAUUAAUGGCAGAAGUGUCGAUGUGCAGUAGCAGUAGUAGUACAGAGCUGACGCCGGAAGAAGAGAGAGUUUUGAUAAGAGACAUUGCGCUCGCCGCUGAAGCCAACGCCAAAGAAGGCGAUACCUUCUAUCUCAUAACUCAUAGAUGGUGGCAGCAUUGGAUUGAUUAUGUAAACCAGGAUCAGCCAAAUAACACAAAUGAUGGAUCCUCUUUGUCCGAACAUUGUGAUUCAGCAGGUUCAAGCACCUCGAAGAGGCCGUCUGGAAUUGAUAAUUCGGAUUUGAUAUAUGAUGCUACAUCAGAGGACUCACAUCCGGGCAGUGAGAUUCAUGAUACUCUUCAGGAAGGUCGUGAUUAUGUAUUGCUUCCACAGGAAGUUUGGAACCAGUUAUAUUCAUGGUAUGGAGGUGGUCCAACAUUGGCACGUAAAGUCAUUAGUUCAGGUCUCUCUCAGACGGAGCUGGCUGUAGAGGUGUAUCCUCUGCGCCUGCAGCUACUUCUGAUGCCAAAAGGCGAACGCUCUACUAUAAGAAUUAGCAAGAAAGAAACUAUUGGAGAGCUUUACAGGAGAGUCUGUGAGAUUUUUUAUCUUAACUUAGAACAAGUACGUGUUUGGGAUUACUAUGGGCAGAAGAAAUAUGCGUUGAUGAAUGACAUGGAUAGAACACUUGAUGAUUCCAAUCUACAAAUGGAUCAGGAUAUUCUGGUGGAGAUCCUUAACGAUAUCAAGGGUACUGCCUUGAGUGGUUGCAUGAGUUCUGUUCAGGAGAAUGGAUUUGUAGAGAAGGAUGCUACUUCUGUUCUUUUGGAGCCUUCUAAAUCAAGCUUAUCAAUUGCAGGAGGUUUAUCUGCGAGUAAAGGUGCUUCCAGUGGCUGCAGCAAGGAGUUGCCACAAAGCCAGAAUCUGACAUCUAAAGUUAGAGAGUCGGAUAGCAUAUAUGGUACCAGUGGAGUUAGUACAAGGGGUUCUGUUGGCUUGACUGGAUUGCUGAACCUGGGGAAUACUUGCUUCAUGAAUAGUGCAAUACAAUGCCUUGUUCAUACACCUGAGUUUGCUAGAUAUUUUCGGGAAGAUUAUCAUCAAGAGAUAAAUUGGCAAAACCCUUUGGGCAUGGUUGGUGAGUUAGCAUUAGCUUUUGGUGAGUUACUUCGAAAGCUGUGGGCACCUGGAAGAACACCAAUUGCUCCUCGUCCAUUUAAAGCAAAGCUUGCUCGCUUUGCACCCCAAUUUAGUGGAUACAAUCAACAUGAUUCACAGGAGCUUUUAGCAUUUCUCCUAGAUGGUCUUCAUGAAGAUCUGAACCGUGUCAAGCACAAACCUUAUAUAAAGUCUAGAGAUGCAGAUGGCCGACCGGAUGAAGAAGUGGCUGAUGAGUAUUGGGCUAACCACAUUGCUCGAAAUGAUUCAAUAAUUGUUGAUGUUUGUCAAGGUCAAUACAAGUCAACUUUGGUCUGCCCUGUGUGUAACAAGGUUUCCGUCACCUUUGAUCCUUUCAUGUACCUCUCCUUGCCCCUCCAGCAGACAACAACUCGAACUAUGACGGUAGCAGUUUUUACUUGUGAUGGAAGUGCUUUGCCCUCUACUUGUACUGUAACUGUUCCAAAGCAGGGGCGUUGUAGAGACUUGAUUCAAGCACUUAGCAAUUCUUGUUUAUUGAAGCAAACUGAAGAGCUUAAGCUUGCAGAAGUACGGAAUCAUUUAAUCCAAAGGUUUCUUGAAGACCCCUUAAUACUGUUGUCCACAAUCAAAGAUGAUGAACACCUUGCUGCCUACAAGGUUCCAAAGUCUGUGAAGAACCCAGUGUUACUUAAGUUGAUACAUCGUCGUCAGCAUCAGGAUUCUGGUGAUAGUCUAAGUAAUUCACGAUGGAAACCCUUUGGAACUCCUCUUGUCUCCGUAAUAUCACAGGAUGAUGCACUCACAAGAGGUGAUAUACAGGUGACUGUUAAAAGAAUCCUUUCUCCUUUUCACAAACAAGCGAAUACAGAAUGUACUGGUGUUUCUGUGGCUGGCAACACUGCUGCAGAGUUGGCCCCCAGUAAUAUAUCAUGUGAAGGACGUUCCCAGUCUACGUCAAUCUUAUUGAAUAAUGAAAAAUGUACUUCUACUGAAGUGACAUCAAUGCCGCUUCAGUUGGUUAAUGAAAACCAUUCGUGUAUCGACUUGUCAUUGGGAGAAGAGAAAACCAUUAGACUGCCCUCAUCACCGGUAAUUAUUUAUAUUGAUUGGUCAGAGAAGCUUUUGGGGAAGUUUGAUAUUUGUCAUUUGGAGAACUUGCCAGAAGUGCUCAAAUAUGGACCUGUAACCAAGAAAGGUCGUAAUGAGCCUCUCUCAUUGUACACCUGCUUGGAAGCUUUCCUACGUGAAGAACCACUGGUGCCUGAAGAUAUGUGGUACUGUCCGCAGUGCAAAGAACGAAGACAAGCAAGUAAAAAACUUGAUUUGUGGAGGCUUCCAAAAGUUUUGGUCAUUCAUCUGAAGAGAUUCUCUUACAGCAGAUCAAUGAAGCAUAAGCUAGAAACAUUUGUCAACUUCCCCAUUCAUGAUUUUGAUUUAACAACAUAUGUAGCCAACAAAAACAGUUCUAGACAACAGCUCUAUGAGCUCUACGCCUUGACUAAUCAUUAUGGUAGCAUGGGUAGCGGGCACUAUACUGCACAUAUCAAGCUUCUAGAUGAGAAUAGGUGGUACAAUUUUGAUGACAGCCAUAUAUCACCUAUUAGUGAAGACGAUGUAAAAUCAGCUGCUGCAUAUGUCCUUUUUUAUCGGAGGGUAGAUGCUGAUGCUGAUGCUGAUGCCUCUGUCAAGGAUGCAGCACAACACAGUGCUGGUCAUGGGAAAAUAGUCCCUCAACAGUAAACAGCAAGGGCAUAUUUUUCUUUUGGAGAAAAUUGUGCAUAUGUGGGUAGAGCGACACCAAGUGAAAAGACCUUGAAGGUCCUCAUUUCGGUAAUUGCAAGAUUUUUUCAGAAGUUACUAUAUCUGCCUGCUGAAGCUGAGUGUUAUAUUAUGGGCUCAUGCUGGGAAUUGCAGGUAGGCUUUUAUACUUAGCUCCAUUCAGAGUUUAUAAUUUCAAAAAGUCAGAUUUGUAGGAUGCUUAUUUUAUCCAUUUAUGAAAUUGUUCAAAGUUGUGAGGACGAAUCGCAACUUUAUUGCAUAGGAUCCUCAGAUAGUUUGGCAAGACAUCAUAGUGAUUAAGCCUUCUAGAAUUCAAUUUUUUUAGAUCAAUUUUAAGGAUUAGAGAGGAGGUAAGAAGGAAUAUGUUAUAGGGGAAGAUUUCCCAUUUUGAAUGUAUAAAGCAACUAAUUUAUAGAUUAAUAAUGUUUUUACCCCC